CUCACCAACAUGGCUGCGGGCUGCAAGUGCGCAUGAGCAGCUGUCUAUGGAGCUACCUAGGUCGGGAGAGGGAGAACACAGUUGGAGAAAAUCGGCGGCUGAGACGGCCUUGGCCGGACUUAGCACUCAGGCCUGUGAAUAGGAGAUACAAAGACUUCCAAAAAAGGACCAGUUCCUCGGAUGUGCCCCCUCACAGAGAGAUGAAGGGGCAGCAGAAAACAGCUGAAACGGAAGAGGGGACAGUGCAGAUUCAGGAAGGUGCAGUGGCUACUGGGGAAGACCCAACCAGUGUGGCUAUUGCCAGCAUCCAGUCAGCUGCCACCUUCCCUGACCCCAACGUCAAGUACGUCUUCCGAACUGAGAAUGGGGGCCAGGUGAUGUACAGGGUGAUCCAGGUGUCUGAGGGGCAGCUGGAUGGCCAAACUGAGGGAACUGGUGCCAUCAGUGGCUACCCUGCCACUCAAUCCAUGACCCAGGCGGUGAUCCAGGGUGCUUUCACCAGUGAUGAUGCAGUUGACACGGAGGGGACAGCUGCUGAGACGCACUAUACUUACUUCCCCAGCACGGCAGUGGGAGAUGGGGCAGGGGGUACCACAUCGGGGAGUACAGCUGCUGUUGUUACUACCCAGGGCUCAGAGGCACUGCUGGGGCAGGCGACCCCUCCUGGCACUGGUCAAUUCUUUGUGAUGAUGUCACCACAAGAAGUACUGCAGGGAGGAAGCCAGCGCUCAAUUGCCCCUAGGACUCACCCUUAUUCCCCGAAGUCAGAAGCUCCCCGGACGACUCGGGAUGAGAAACGCAGGGCUCAGCAUAAUGAAGUGGAGCGCCGCCGCCGAGACAAGAUCAACAACUGGAUCGUGCAGCUCUCCAAGAUAAUCCCAGACUGCUCCAUGGAGAGCACCAAGUCUGGCCAGAGUAAAGGUGGGAUUCUAUCCAAAGCUUGUGAUUAUAUCCAGGAGCUUCGGCAGAGUAACCACCGCUUGUCUGAAGAACUGCAGGGGCUUGACCAACUGCAGCUGGACAAUGACGUGCUUCGACAACAGGUGGAAGAUCUUAAAAACAAGAAUCUGCUGCUUCGAGCUCAGUUGCGGCACCACGGAUUAGAGGUCGUCAUCAAGAAUGACAGCAACUAACUAUGGGGAUUCAGGGGCUUUGGGCCCAAGAACUGCAGAUAGCCCAGGAGCAACAGCCUAAUCCUGUGCCCCUUUCCUUCACUGCCCACUUCUGGCAUGGGACAGGGGGAAGUUCAGAAGGUGUGUCCUUGAACUGAGGCCCUGUGAUAUGGCAGCCUGCAGUGGUGUGAAACACACAAUGUGGAGGUGCACUGACAGCCUUGCCCACCCCCACCAUGCAACCCCUGGGCCCUUGUGCUCCUCUCGCACAAUGCAUGUGCUGCCUCCAUGCUGGAUACUGGACACACUAAACUGGGGGGCUUGUCCUGUACUUGCUUAGAGUGCCCGGCAGAGGUCUGCUGACAGGUGAUGCUCUGGCUUGCCCCAGGACUCUGGCACUUCCAUUGGUUCUUCCUUUCCCUGGAGCUGAGGUUUAGAGGUGCACCCUGUGGCUCAGGGGAGCAAGCUUACACAAGAAGUGGGGGAAGGGUGUUUAGCAGUGGCUGGUGCCCAUGAAGAGGAGAUUGGCCAGCGAGAAGCUGAGGCCUAUGCAGACGUCUCUGAAGCCAGAGAGAACAACAGGCAGGGGUCCACUUGGGGCCUUCCCCCUUAUGGGGGUCUUUUUUUUUUUUUCUUUCCUUUUUUUUUUUUUUUUUUUUUUUUUUAAGGAUAAAAUUGUUCAAAGCCA